CAGCUACGCUACCUGCUGUCCUUGCAUGCCAUAUUCCGAUGGAUCCUGGCGGAAGUGACCUGGAUUCGAGUCUUCCCCAUCCCGAGAACCCGUGCCUGAUCGUGGAGGACUCCCAGCCCGAUAGUGCAGCACUGGAGGACGACCCGGACAGCAGCUACCGCGCCCUGCUCGCCCGCCGCUUGUCCAGCCUGCAGCCCGCCACCUCCCACAGCCCUGUACUGGUGAGUAGCAUGGUGUAGCGACAGAUCAAGGUAACAAGUGGACAUGGGCUUGAACCAGCGACUGUGGUUAUGCGGAGAGUACAGUUACAGUAAACCUCCUGUGCCAUAAUGAUCCAUGUCUACUGGCAGGAGUAGUACCAUAGAUGAAGAGAAAGAGCCAUAGAUGAAAAGAUCUCUAGGAUAUAUAUGCCUGGGAGGUUGCCCAUCUGUACGGUUACUUUGCCCUACUUGCACCAAUGUCACUUGAUGUAUCCAUAAUUCUAUGCAAAGAUGGUAAUUUCUGUGAUUGACAUACUGCAGCGUGGAAAUCAGGAGAGUAGCCACUGAGGACAGACAGCCUGAGCAGGGCUCGAACCAGCGACUCAGAGGGCAAGUACACUAACGUUACAUCCUGUAACAUAAAGGUCUAGAGACCUUUUGAGAGGCGGUAAUAUGCUUUCUGGUCAUACAGGGAGGGGAGACGAUAGGAGUAUUGUUUUUGUCAGUUCCUCCUAGCCUGGUCCCAGAUCAGUUUGUGUUUUUGCCUACUCCAUUGUCAAGCAAGAGAGCAGAAAUGGACUGGCACCCAGGCAAAGAUCCUCCUACUACCUUAGAGCAGGAACAGACUGGCACCCAGGCUAAGAUCCUCCUACUACCUUAGAGCAGGAACAGACUGGCACCCAGGCUAAGAUCCUCCUACUACCUUAGAGCAGGAACAGACUGGCACCCAGGCUAAGAUCCUCCUACUACCUUAGAGCAGGAACAGACUGGCACCCAGGCUAAGUUCCUCCUACUACCUUAGUUUGUUGUCUGAUGACCUCAAAGGAACUUUGGGGCAUAUCAUCUUAGGUUGGGACAUGACAUUACUUACCUCUAUAAGUCUUAACAACUGAUCUAGGACUUGUUUUGUUGUGAAGUUCAUAUUCAUCAAUGUUAGAAGUGUGAGGAUAACAGAUCUCAAGUCAGUUGUCAAGAGCAGAAUAUCACUUGGCCCAAUUUGAAUCCUUUGAAAAUACAUCUCUCCAUCCUGCAUGCCAUGGAGUCAAUACUGACACAAUUGGAUAGGUGACAGCAAGGGUUUCAUCACAUAGCUUUCACCAAUUCAGUCAUGUCAGAUCAGUAAUUGUCCUACUUCAUGGGAAGGAGUGAUGCCUGUUGUAAUAUGAACAGGGCCACUGAAUCCAGCCGUCUCUCUCCCCAGGAGCUGAUCUCCUCUCCGGCAGGAAACAGAUACUCCGAGACAGACAGCCAAUCAGAGAGGAUCCCGAACAACAAUCACAACGGGCCAGGUUGGUCUCUCACUCUGUGACCAUAAAGGACAGAGAUUGGAUACCUGGGGCCAUAUGAUCAGUUCCCCCUUCCAUGUAAUUCUAUUCACUGUGAUCUAAAAGGCCAAACUGAUCCUAAAUCAGCACUCCUACUCUGAUAUGUUUGAUACAUACGGCCCCUCACCAUUUGAAGCUGUGGUUCUCUGUAUGUGACUGCUGUGAUGAGUAACCUUGCCUGGGACCCGAAGAGUUGCAUUGGCUCCCCAAGACUAUGCUUUGGUUUAGUGGUCUAAUGCACUCUUCUGGCGUGCAGGAAACCCGGGUUCGAACCCCAUCGCUUACGUAGAUUUGGAACAUUUAGUGGGGUGUUUGUCACUCCCGAUACCAAAUGAAUGUACCCUCCGAAGCACUAAAAGUCCAGGCCGCUAAGUUUAGGGCACAGCAAAGAGUAAGUGUGGAAUUUAAACCCUGGUUUCAACCAUUGCAGCUUUUUUCUGAGUAAUAACAUGCAUAUAGCCUAUUGAUAACACUGGUUUCUCUGUGAUAGCAUUGAAAGCAGUUGAUAGCAUUUGUCUCCCCAUAGCAGACAUUGUAUUCUGUCUUAAACCUGUUGAAUUCAUUUUCUUUAGUCAACCAGGAGGAAAGUCAAGUCCUAGAAGUUUGCUCGCUCCCCAAUACAAGGAGGUAGGUACUAGGUAAACAUCGUCACCAAGAUGCAGUGAAUUGAAGCAUUUGUAAGAGCAUUGAGACAGCCAGCUGAGAUGUUUGAGGAGUAUGCUGCAUUCCAAAUGGCCCCUGGCCCCUGCCUACUACCUAGACACUCCUGGAGAUCUGAGAGGAUUGGAUAGGUGGGUGCAAUAUGCCGACAUUUCCACCUAGCCAAUCAGAAGGCAAGAUGACGCUAUAACACUUAUAUCUAUCCAAUCACCUCCAAUCUACAGAGGCAGCUAGGAUGUAGGGGGCAGGCUAGGGGUCGGUUUGGAAUUCAGCAAAAAUCUGCUUUACGUUGACAUCUUGAUCCCUGAAACCAUCAGGUGUGCUACAGGAGGCAUGGCCAUGGAGUCUGGGGCGGACUCCACUACACAAUGCGCCCAGUCUGAAGGUACAAGCAGUUUUUAACAGAGAAAGAAAUAACCAUCUGAGACAUGUCUCUGAGACAAUAUACUGUAGCUGUGUAAACUUUGAAAUGCUCCUUGUUGGAAACAUUAUUUUUAGGCUAUACCACUUCUUUGUCAUCACCAGUUCAAUAUUGCAUUUCAUGAAUCAUGAUUUUGAGCUGUUUAUGUUGUGUGUGUGUGUCUUAGGAGGAGUGUCCCAGUUUGGUUUUCUGGAUCUUUCUGAGAGCCAGGGUCUGGGUGAAGUGGUGGGGAACAGUCAGGAGGAGGAGGGGCCUACUGCUGCCCAGACAGACAGCCAGAGACACAACAAGCCAGGUAACAAUACUACCGGUAGGUCAUCUUUACUUCACCUGAGUCCAGGGUCGUGUUUAGUAGGUGGAAAACGUUUGAAACUGGGAGAAAUAGGGGGGUAGUACCUGGGUCGUAUUCAUUAGGCAACAAACUGAACUUCUGAGGAAAACUGAGAGGGACUACCUGAACUUGUCCAGUAAGAAAUGUGCUUUUAUGUCGUUUUCCAUAGCAAAAUGUUUUGCUACAUUGUGCCUAAUGAAUACGACCCUGAACAUGUUCAUUAAGAAUAAGAACACAGACAUUUUUUCCCCCUGUUGCUAAAUGUUUUGCUGCAGUGAAUAGGACCCAGUUAAAAUCAAAGUGAAACAUAUUUUGUUGACUUGUCAUUGUUUUGUUGUCACCAGGUGAACAGAAGAAUAUGACAACGGGCUUACCUUCAGGCAGUCAGGACAGCAAAUCCAAGAGGUGAGAAUAACCAUCUGUAGGAUGCAUACCUACAAGAUCAUAUUUUGUCAUAAAACCUCAGUGUACCACAAGGGCUCGAGAGUCAAGCUUUAAAGGUCCAGUGCAGUCAAAAACGUGAUUUUCCUGUGUUUUAUAUAUAGUACCAGUCAAAAGUUUGGACACCUACUCAUUCAAGGGUUUUUCUUUAUUUUUACUAUUUUCUACAUUGUAGAAUAAUAGUGAAGACAUCAAAACUAUGAAAUAACACAUAUGGAAUCAUGUAGUAACCAAAAAAGUGUUAAACAAAUCAAAAUAUAUUUUAUAUUUGAGAUUCUUCAAAUAGCCACCCUUUGCCUUGAUGACAGCUUUGCACACUCUUGGCAUUCUCUCAACCAGCUUCACCUGGAAUGCUUUUCCAACAGUCUUGAAGGAGUUCCCACAUAUGCUGAGCACUUGUUGGCAGCUUUUCCUUAACUCUGCGGUCCGACUCAUCCCAAACCAUCUACAUUUGGUUGAGAUCGGGGGAUUGUGGAGGCCAGGUCAUCUGAUGCAGCACUCCAUCACUCUCCUUCUUGGUAAAAUAGCCCUUACACAGCCUGGAGGUGUGUUGGGUCAUUGUCCUGUUAAAAAACAAAUGAUAGUCCCACUAAGCGCAAACCAGAUGCGAUGGCAUAUCACUGCAGAAUGCUGUGGUAGCCAUGCUGGUUAAGUGUGCCUUGAAUUCUAAAUAAAUCACAGACAUUGUCACCAUCAAAGCACCCCCACACCAUAACACAUCCUCCUCCAUGCUUUACUGUGGGAAAUACACAUGCUGAGAUCAUCCGUUCACCCACACUGCGUCUCACAAAGACACAGCGGUUGGAACCAAAAAUCUCAAAUUUGGACUCCAGACAAUGGACACAUUUCCACCGGUCUAAUGUCCAUUGCUCCUGUUUCUUGGCCCAAGCAGGUCUCUUCUUAUUAUUGUUGUCCUUUAGUAGUGGUUUCUUUGCAGCAAUUCGACCAUGAAGGCCUGAUUCACACAGUUUCCUCUGAACAGUUGAUGUUGAGAUGUGUCUGUUACUUGAAAUCCGUGAAGCAUUUAUUUGGGCUGCAAUUUCUGAGGCUGGUAACUCUAAUGAACUUAUCCUCUGCAGCAGAGGUAACUCUGGGUCUUCCAUUCCUGUGGCGGUCCUCAUGAGAGCCAUUUUCAUCAUAGCGCUUGAUGGUUUUUGCGACUGCACUUGAAUAAAUGUUCAAAGUUAUUGAAAUGUUCCGUAUUGACUGACCUUCAUGUCUUAAAGUAAUGAUUGACUGUCGUUUCUCUUUGCUUAUUUGAGCUGUUCUUGCCAUAAUAUGGACUUGGUCUUUUACAAACCUUGUCACAACACAACUGAUUGGCUCAAACGCAUUAAGAAGGAAAGAAAUCACACAAAUUAACUUUUAAGAAAGCACACCUGUUAAUAGAAAUGCAUUCCAGGUGACACCUCAUGAAGCUGGUUGAGAGAAUGCCAAGAGUGUGCAAAGCUGUCAUCAAGGCAAAGGGUGGCUAUUUGAAGAAUCUCAAAUAUAAAAUAUAUUUUGAUUUGUUUUAACACUUUUUUGGUUACUACAUGAUUCCAUGUGUUAUUUCAUAGUUUUGAUGUCUUCACUAUUAUUCUACAAUGUAAGAAAUAGUAAAAAAUAAAGAAACACCCUUGAAUGAGUAGGUGUGUCCAAACAUUUGACUGGUAGUGUAUAUUUCCACAUUAUCUGGUUUGAAUAAUACUGAAAUUGUAAAAAAUUAUGAUAAUGCCCUUUUAGCGUAAGAGCUGUUUGAAAAGACUGCAUAUAAUUUCUUCCUGUUUUUUGGUGGGAUGGAGUUUUGGCCUGCCUGGUGACAUCACCAGGCGGUUAAUUAGUUAAUAGACCAAUAAGAAAGAGAGUUCCAAACCUGUCUGCCAUUAACAGCUAGUUUUCAGUUUUUCCCUCCCUACUUUUUCACUCCCAGACAGUCCUAGCUGGGAAGUUGCUGUUUUCAAAGAAGCUAUUUUUGUUUCUUUUGACCAUUUUAAUUGAAAACAAUCACAGUAAGAUACUUAAUUGUUACCCAGAAUGUAUUUGAUAUUGAGAUAAAAACGGCUGCAUUGGGCCUUUAAAAAGAAGGCUGAAAAUGUAAACCUUAAUUGGAAGAUUCACGUGAAUCACACAUUCAAUCAAUCAAUCAAUUUUAUUUUAUAUAGCCCUUCUUACAUCAGCUAAUAUCUCGAAGUGCUGUACAGAAACCCAGCCUAAAACCCCAAACAGCUAGUAAUGCAGGUGUAGAAGCACGGUGGCUAGGAAAAACUCCCUAGAAAGGCAAAACCUAGGAAGAAACCUAGAGAGGAACCAGGCUAUGAGGGGUGGCCAGUCCUCUUCUGGCUGUGCCGGGUGGAGAUUAUAACAGAACCAUGCCAAGAUGUUCAAAAAUGUUCAUAAGUGACAAGCAUGGUCAAAUAAUAAUCAGGAAUAAAUCUCAGUUGGCUUUUCAUAGCCGAUCAUUAGAGUUUAAAACAGCAGGUCUGGGACAGGUAGGGGUUCCAUAACCGCAGGCAGAACAGUUUAAACUGGAAUAGCAGCAAGGCCAGGCGGACUGGGGACAGCAAGGAGUCACCACGGCCGGUAGUCCCGACGUAUGGUCCUAGGGCUCAGGUCUCUCAGUUGGCUUUUCAUAGCCGAUCAUUUAGAGUUGAAAACAGCAGGUCUGGGACAGGUAGGGGUUUCGUAGCCGCAGGCAGAACAGUUUAAACUGGAAUAGCAGCAAGGCCAGGCGGACUGGGGAUAGCAAGGUGUCAUCAUGCCCGGUAGUCCUGACGUAUGGUCCUAGGGCUCAGGUUCUCAGAGAGAACGAGAGAACGAGAGAAUUAGAGAGAGCAUACUUAAAUUCACACAGGACACUGGAUAAGACAGGAGAAGUACUCCAGGUAUAACCAACUAACCCCAGCCCCCCGACACAUAAACUACUGCAGCAUAAAUACUGGAGGCUGAGACAGGAGCGGUCCGGAGACACUGUGGCCCCAUCCGAAGAAACCCCCGGACAGGGCCAAACAGGAAGGAUAUAACCCCACCCACUCCGCCAAAGCACAGCCCCCGCACCACUAGAGGGAUAUCCCCAACCACCAACUUACAAUCCUGAGACAAGGCCGAGUAUAGCCCACAGAGGUCUCCACCACAGCACAAACCAAGGGGGGGGCGCCAACCCAGACAGGAAGAUCACGUCAGUAACUCAACCCACUCAAGUGACGCACCCCUCCCAGGGACGGCAUGAAAGAGCACCAGCAAGCCAGUGACUCAGCCCCUGCAACAGGGUUAGAGGCAGAGAACCCCAGUGGAGAGGGGAACCGGCCUGGCAGAGACAGCGUCUAGGAAACAUUGAUGUCAGUGGGACAUUGGUAGUCAUUUAUAAAGCUAGGAUUCGGCCCCAAAAUGAUCGAUCCAUACCUCACAGAUUUACACAUGUUAGUUCUGUUGCUCAAUCCCAAAUCGAUUCCUAGACGCUAUCUUAUGCACCUGUGGAGCUCUGGGAGGAAUUGAUAGAUGUAAGCAAUAUGGUAAUGAGUCUAUCUUGCCCAAUAGCGUAGGUGGAAUUUUCAUCAUAUUGCUUUCACAUCAACUUCUCUAAGACCUCCAGAAGUAAAUGAAAGGUCUAAGAGUUGAUUUGGAAUUGGGCAUUAGUUAAAUGAAGUGUCUGGUUCUUCCCCCAGGUCGGAGGUGAGCUCUAGCAGCUCGUCGGAGUCCCUGGGUCGGGCCGGCCGGGAACUGAGUGUCCAGGCUUUGCUCCACUCCCAGGGCCUGCAGGCCUCAGAGGACCAGGAUCCCAAAGGGGACGACUCUGAGCUGCUGUCCUCUCAGGAGGACCUCUUCGACGCUGACAGGACAGGUGGGUCAUCCAUCUGUCCACUCACCCAAACUAUCUCUCUGUGUUAAAGAUAUAUACUGUCAGGGCUUACAGUACUUCUCCAGUUGGAGCAGCUCUUGUUGGAAGAGGUUAAAAAAGUGUAGUCAGUUGUUCACAAAACAAUUUCAAGGAGAGCAAUUAUCAACAGUUGACAUGAACAACUGAUCACAAAAUGGACAGAUGUUAAUGGAGUUCUCUCUCUCUCUCAUUCUCUCUCUCUCUAGGCACAAGGGUGGACAGCACAGUGUCAGAGCCAGAGAACCAAGCCGUGCCCACCCUUACCCCCGCCAACACCCUGCGUCUGCUGCACCUCUCUGGGCAGGGCACCCUGGUGCAGGAGAGCCUAUCCCAGUAAGACAACUCUCGCCUCAACACUAUACUGCACACUCCCACUGAGUAGUAGUCCUGUUGUUUGGGUUGGCCUGGGUUGUGUUCAGUAGGACAAGGCGUACCAAAGCGUUUUGCAACGAAAAAGGAAAAUCUGUGUUCCAAUUGGACAAGUUGAGGUAGCACUUUAUUGUUUCAAAUCGUUUUGUCCCUACCGAACACAUCCAGCAAUUCUGUGUUGUCCUCCUCAGAGGAAGAAUGAUUGUUGCAUUCAUCUUUGCCUUCUGAUCCUAUAGGAACUCUGUUGACUUUGUAGCACCCACCCAGGAAAAUUUGAGCCAAACACCUUUUAUCGUCCCCAGUUCACCGACAGGACAAGAAAAUGAAAUGGGUAACUAAACUUUAUUUUAUCCAGUUGACAUGUCAGUUGUUUUAGUGUCUAUGCUGAAAAAUAGAACUCAGUGAUACACUUCUGGUAACCCCGCAGGUGCCGAUGAACCAAUGGACACGUCUAUGCCUCCGGAGGACCAAUCGGAUGGCAAGGAGGAGGAGCCAAUGGACAUGGACCCAGCUCCUAAGUCACGCCCCUCGGCGUCCACCCCAGUAUUCCAGAACUCCCCAGAUUUUGUGUUGGAGAGGACCCUCUCUCUGCCUACCCAGCCUGAGUUCUCUCAUGUAUGUAUCUUUACUCCAUUGACCAGACAGUGGAAAAAAUCUAUUCAGUUAGCACUGAACUCAAUGGCCGUGUCCGGUUACCCGUUUUUGUGUCCUAAAUAGUAGGCUGUUUGGGAAUGUGAAAAAUAUAAUGUUUUAUUAUAUGUGGAAUUUGGAAAACGUUGUUUGCUUUAAAUGCCUGUAUGUCAUACUCAUGGAUUUCCAUGUAGUAGGAACUCUCAGACCGAUGUGUGUUUGACAACAGCUGAUAAUCAGAUAAGGGGUCGGGCUGUGCCAAAAUGAAAGAAUGGCGGGGGAACAACCAAAUUGUGCAUUAGAUGACGCCUUCUCAGUAUGGAUGAGCCUAGUAUUACGUUUUGACAGUUUAGUCAUUUAGCAGACGCUCUUAUCCAGAGAGACUAACAGUUAGUGCAUUCAUCUUAAGAUAUCUAGGUGGGACAACCACAUAUCUCAGUCAUAGUAAGUAAAUUUUUCCUCAAUAAAGUAAAGUCUGACACACAGUAUGUUGAUAUUUGUUGCUUACUGCUUAUGUUUUUACUAAACAGUUUGUUCUAAAUAGUAUGUAGUAUGGUUAGUACAUAGUAUAUACUUUUAGUAAGUAGUAGGCAAGAGUGAGGUCUUUACGUUUCUGUACUGACAUUUUACAAGUACACAACUUUCACAGUUUGAAUGUAUCAAUAUAUGGAGACCAGGGACCUACCUUUACCUCCCCUUAUUCUUCACUCAUUAUGGAUUAUAUUGGUUUAUUAUGAUGAUCAAGAAUCUCAGUAUUCAAUCAGUCCUUCUAUGGGUUCAUAAAACACCAUCAAUUUAGUGUCUUAUUUUUCUCUUUCCAAAGGAUGUAUUUGUCCCAACCCAGAGCCAAGAGGCUGGAAGCAGUAGCACAGCUCCACAAGAGAUGAACAGCAGGAAAGUGACGUCAUCAUCCCAACCCACAUCACUGGAGUCAAGCUCAUCCAAGAUGGCCGCCGCAGCCGCCCAGCCCAAAGCACCUACAACAACUGACCGUGAACGCUCUGUGACUGAUUCUUUCCAACUGGAGCUGUCUGUGAAUACUCAGAGCUGUAGUCUGGCCCAGCAGGCUUCAAUGGAGGCUGGGGGGAAGGAUGUCGAGGAGGACAGCCAGGCUACACAGAUAGAAGAAGGUCUGGACGGACCCCUACGGAAAGACACCAGUGACUCUGUAAUGUCAUGUAACAGCCAGAAGAGGGAAAGUAACGGGGUCCCCUCCGACCCAAAAACCUCUGCUAUUUUGCCUAAAGUUUCUCAGGUGCCUGACUUGCUGAAGACUAGCGGGGAAAGUGCCAGGAGAGAGGAAUGUAACACAUCACAGAAGUCUGACACGCACAAACAGACAACCUUGAAUGUACGCAGUGUGAAUGUAGGUCACGAUGGUAUCAAUGUGACCAAAACAGAUAGUUCUCUGAAGCAGAAUGCCAAGGCCUCUUCCCCCUCUCCCUCCUCCCAACAGAAGCUUGAAACCAUAGACUUGUUAACCCCUAGCAGCUGUGUGCAGGAGACGCCUUCUUCCUCCAAUAGCACUCCCUGUAGUUUGGCCUCCCUGUCUCAGUCUCAAGCCCAGUCUGUUUUCUCACAGAUGUCUCGCGUGGGCUCAGUGAAGGCUCUCUCGCCGAGUCCAGGUGUUUCUGUAGACUCUAGAAGAGAUGGAGGAGGAAGGAGAGAAGUAGGAGAAGCCGGAGGAGGAGGAGUGGGAAGCCCGAUAAGCUCACAGAAAAACCAGGACCCGGCUAAAUCCAGACAGUCUUUGUCACAGGAGCGUGGAGGCACUGCUACCAACAGCCCCAAGGAGAAAAACAUAGCAGAUGAAGAAGAGAUGGAGGAGGAGGAGGGAGAGAAGCAGCAGGACAGCACAUUGGGGCCCGAGGGCUCAGGCCUCUAUCUGUCUCUCUCUCAGAGCCAGGUGCUUUCUCCAGAGCCCAUGGAGGAAGGAGGAGAGGAGGAAGAAAAACAAGGGAGGUUCCCUGUCUCGCACUCCAGGAGCGAGGGAGGAGGAGAGGAGGAGAGCUGCGGCAGCGUCAUUGUGCUGGAGGAGAGCGAGAGGAGCUCCCAGCUCCUGGAGAAGGAAGUGACGUCGCCGUCGAAGAUGGGCACGUCUCAGCCAGUGGCAAGCCGGCGGGGGUCGGUGUCGUCAAAUGGCACGGGGUCACAGCUGAAGGACACCCAGCGGGUACCAAUCGGACUCUCCCAGACUGAAAAGGGAGGGUCUAGGGAAGCAGAGGGGCUCCGUGACAAGAGCCUCAGUGACAGCUCUGGAGGUGAGACGCCUAGAUGCCUGUGGAGAUAUAGGGUGACUCAAUAGUGCUUUCUUGAUUCCUUGAUUCCUUUCUUUCCUUCUCAAAACACAUUGUAGGAAAAGAUCAGAGGGGAGGAACCUCAGACCUUCUUCCCUCAGACCUCCUCCAGUGCGUUUUGAGGAGAGAGGACACGAGGAAUCUAGGAAAGACUAUUAAGAAUCAAUGAAGUAGAUAGAAGUUUGUUUUUGUCCAAUAUAUUGUGUGUAGACCGAGGUUGGGAGUGGGUCACCAGGGGUAUAUUUGGGAUGGGAUGGGAUGGGGGGGGGUUCCAUAAAAAAAAGGGUAUUCUUAUUGAUUUAACAGCUUUGUGCUUGCCUUUCUGACCACUGAUAGGUGAAAAUACUUGAUAGGUUUUCCUCCACUUGCUUUCAUGUGUCCUAGUCCCUUCAGAUCAGUGGCCAUGAAGGGAAGGCAGUGAUGAAAGACUAUUGGCCAACUCUAUUUAAUUCAAAGUGUAUUGUCCCUGCAGUGAAUCCAUUGGGUUACCAGGACUAUAUAAGCCUUAGCGAUAGCUUGUCAUUUUGAAGCUAUUACAUUCAGUUCAGAGAUUGUAAUGGUUGUUGUUUGUAUUAAUAUUUGUCCUCUGCAGAGAUCCCAUUCCACUUCACUCUCCCCAAAGAAGGCGAGCUGAUUGGCCCUCCUGUGAGUGCCACUCCCCCUCUGAUCAGCCAGUUGAAGCAGACACCGAGACACAGCACUCCGAUUGGUGGGUUUCUCCCUCUCAGGAAAUAUUAUUUACAUUUUACAUUUUAGUCAUUUAGCAGACGCUUUUAUCCAGAGCGACUUACAGUUGCAUACAUUUUUCAUACUGGCCCCCCGUGGGAAUCGAACCCACAACCCUGACGUUGCAAGCGCCAUGCUCUACCAACUGAGCUACAGGAGGCUAUUAUCACCUGGCUCUCUCCAUAGCCAGAUUUACUGUGUGAACUGAAGCAAAGUAUUCUAACCACAUAUACAUUCUCACACCUCACUUUACACUCACUCUCUAUCCCACCUACCUAACCACACACAAACAAACAAACACACACACACACACACACACACACACUCACACAUAAACAUACAAACUCACCCUCUCUCUCCUAUUCACCCACCCAGGUACACACACACACACACACACUCUCUCCCACCUACUCCUUUACACAAACACUGUUGUUCUCCCACUCACCUCCACUCAUCAUUCCAGUAUCAUGGUUCACUACUAGAAUCCCCCAGAGAGGCUCUGAUCUGAUCCGGAGAGGAUCUGAUCUGAUCCGGAGGGGAUCUGAUCUGAUCCGGAGGGGCUCUGAUCUGAUCCGGAGGGGCUCUGAUCUGAUCCGGAGAGGCUCUGAUCUGAUCCGGAGGGGCUCUGAUCUGAUCCGGAGGGGCUCUGAUCUGAUCCGGAGGGGCUCUGAUCUGAUCCGGAGAGGUUCUGAUCUGAUCCGAUUACAUUGUGGUGGUCGUUGGCUCUUUUUGUUUUCCUCAGAGAUAACUUUCUUCUCUGAGAAGUCUGCGGCGGCGGGUGACGUUUCCACGGAGACAGCGAUGGCGACCAGUGAAAUCAUGGCGGGGGAGAGUGGCGAGGACACGGCCGAAGGGGAUGAUGGGAAACUGAGUUUGCGGAUGAAGCUGGUGACGCCUGUGGAGGAGGGCAGCUCAGAGCGCUUCAGCUUGCAGAGUAAGAGCUGUUAUAGGCCGCUAAUUAAUGUGUUAUAACCACGUUAUUACCUCAUUAUUCAAAUAACAGAAAUAGGACAGCACUCCGGUAAAUAAACUUAAAUUGACAUAUUUUUAUUGCCGCACAAACAUUUCGGGUAUGAGCCCUUCUUCAGCGUGCAAGGCAAUGGCAAUCAGUGUCACAGCAAAAACAACACACAGGUGGGCAUAGUUAUAAAAUCCCAGUCAGUUUUUAUUUAUUUUUAUUUUACCAUUAUUUAACUAGGCAAGUCAGUUAAGAACACUUUCUUAUUUACAAUGACGGCCUACACCGGCCAAACCGGACGAUGUUGGGCCAAUUUUGCGCCGCCUUAUGGGACUCCCAAUCACGGCCGGUUGUGAUACAGCCUGGAAUCGAACCAGGGGGUCUGUAGUGACGCCUCAAGCACUGAGAUGUAGUGCCUUAGACCGCUGCGCCACUUGGGAGCCCAAUGGAUUGGCCCAAUCAAGAGAUUCAAGCAGAGGGAGCUGAGGGGUAAACAUGACAAUCAAAUAAAGAUAGACACACAAUACAAAUACAUUAUGAUGUCAUUACCUAAAAAAAACAAGAGAAAUAACAUUCCUCAUUAAGGCCUGCUGGGUUACCACGUUAUUACCACUGGAAUAGAAAUGAUAGCUGUUGUAAUGGUUUACAUUCCAAUGCCUGCUUAUAAACAGGUUAUGACCACUGUGACAUGAUAUGACCACGUAUGUUACCUUUUGGUUUGCCUAUGGAUGUUCAAGAGAUCUGUAUGUUAUUUUCUUAUGAUUCUGUGUGUUGAUGCCAUUGAGGGGCAAGUGACUAUCUUUCAAAUGGUACAGUGGUCUAUAGAAAUUCACAGAAAACGCAUACAGCAUCAAACAAUCUCCAACUAUGUACAUAGAAUUAAAGGGGUUUCAUAUAACUACUGAAGCGUAUCCAUUGAUGUAUAGAAAUGUGACAUCCUCUGCUGACUCACACCUUUACUGCAAGAAUAGACGUCUCAGUUUGUUGAUUUAUUUUGUUCAACCCCCAAAAAGCCCAAAUGAAACGCUUUUAUUUUCCUCCCAGAGCCACCGCUAUCAGACGAGGAAGGCUCUGUCUCCAAGGUUACCACCGUUGUCAAGGCUGUAACCAGGUAACCCGCUUUGGAUUCUAUGCAAGGCAGCCCGAUUUCAGACUUUUUCCCCUGCCUGGGAUUUGAGCCGUUUCCCAAAUGUAUUCCUACAACUCAUUAUCACGAUUCAGCUUCAUAUUUUUAAAAAUAUAUUUUAGUCAUUUAGCAGACGCUCUUAUCCAGAGCGACUUACAGUAGUGAGUGCAUACAUUUUCAUACUUUUUUCAUACUGGGAUGCCUAUUUGUACUCUGUACCCCAAAUAAGAACCCUGUUGAGAGUAUUAUAGAAUAAUAAUUUGUAUAGAUACAAAGAUGCUUAAUACAGUAUGUUACAACCAUCAGAUGCGUAAGUGAAUGAUAAUGGCUGACAUUUGCAUGUAUUUGCAUAUACAUGUAUUACCUGACUUUAUGUCAGGUCAUUUGGUUUCCAUGGUGUGUUUGUGAGUAGCUCAUCCUUUUACCAUGCACAGUUGAGUUGACACUCGGGUUACAAAAGUAGUUAUGAAUUCGCUGGAGGGUUGCUGGCGUCAGUAUCCUAGAUUCCGUCACCUGCCGUUGUCGAGCAAGGCACUUAUCCCCUGGCUGCUCAGGGGAUCUCUCUGUGGUGUGGUGUGUGUGUGUGUCGGGGGGGUUUGGUUCAAGUAUAAAGACACAUUUCCGUUCUUCCCCAAGGGAAAUGGAGAAUACAGCAACUGCAUUGCAAGGCAAUUUGAUGACAUACUAUUGGCUUGUUGUCUGACCAGUGUCCCCCUCCCCAGCCCCCUGCCCAGCCCCUCUGUGUUCAGCAGGGUGAGGGAGGCCCACAGACAGGUGAUGGAGGACCAGGCCGAGGCCCAUCCCAGUGGCCCUGGAACCCCUGUCAGGUAAACAACGUGUAUGGCCUCUGACCUGGGUCGUGUUCAUCAGGUCACAGUGUGGCACAACAUUUUUUAAAUGUUGCGCAAUGCAAAACUAAAACGAGCGUUUCUUAGUGGAUACAUUUGGAUUGUAGGCUACCUCCCAGUUUCGCACUGAUCUCUUCCGCUGCAUGCCUGCUGAACACGACCCUGCUUACUUACCUCAUGUCAUUUCUCAUAACGAUGAUGAUAAGGAUAGUUAUUUUAAGCACCUUUGAAAACUGUAACGUUUGUCUCUGAACAUUUGGUGCCGACCUGAAGUAUAGUUUGUUGAUUCCCAGUAUAAUAGCUCCCCCUGCUGGCCAUAAUGAGAGCCUAGUAGCCACACAAGCCUAAUGUCUAUAGUGGCCUCAGAGUAUCCAUUCUGUUUUAAAGUACUGUAAAACGUCAAUGAAAUACAGUCUCAAAUAGCUGCUUGUCCCUUUUAAAAGCCGGCAGUGGCACACAUUUCAGCAAAUAAACGCCUGUUUGAAAUAAACGCUGGGUCUAAAUUAAUUGUUACCAUGAAUUGUUUACGAGGUUUAAUGUUUGAUUUGUUACAUUCAAUAAUUCAGUAAUGAUGGCAGUCAUCUGUUUUUAUCACCAGUAAAAAACUGCUAGCUAUUGGCUUCUAACUGCUGAGAACCCUAGAAAUCUUCCGAUCGCACUCUAGUGGCGAAAGUAAGAAUUGCCUAAAUUGCACAGUCAAAGAGGAGAACAAUUAUUGUCAAGGAAAUGUUUUUUUUAUUUUUUAUAUAGAGGCAUACUAAGACAAACAAUUUGACAGUGUGUAAAUGAUAACACAUCAGUGCAGGAAAUGAAUAAAAUAUAUUAUAAUGCUGGAAUUAAACAAUUAACUAUGCAAAUUAGCAAAAGCUGUGUGCAUUAAGGAAAAGAUGUCUGGCUCAAAUAGAAGCCUGUCUCUAAUAGAAGCCUGUCUCUAAUAGAAGCCUGUUGUGUUCAGGGAUUUAAGCAAAUAAACAUCUGGGCUAUUAAUUGAAGUUUUCCGGUAUGACAGUUUGAGAUCAACAAGGGACACUAGUAUGCUGCUCCAAUAUUGUGUCCAUUUGACCUUGACAGCCCUCCACCUGUCCUGGUAUAUCUUUACAAUUCUGGAAGUAGGUUAUGUGCGUGCGUACGAGAGAGACCUACUUCUUAGCUAUUUUGGGUACCAUUCAUGCCCCCUCAGAGAGAUGGAGGCUCUGUCUGGUUUUGUCCUGUCGGGGUGUUAUAACAAGGUCAUUAUCAAGGUGUCCACACCACACACCAUAGCCCUAGUUGUACCUGCUCUCUGUCUCUGGCCUACCAUUACAGGACUACAGAGGCAAUACUGAAACCUUUAUUAACAUUUGGCAAAGGAUGAUAUCAGCCCUUAUAUAAGUGCCUUUAGAAAGUAUUCAAACCCCUUGACUUUUUCCACAUUUUGGUGUGUUACAGCCUGAAUUUAAAAUGGAUUAAAGUGAUAUUUUUUUGUCACUGGCCUAUACACAAUACCCUAUAAUGUCAAAGGGGAAUUCUGACUUUUGGAAUUUUAACAAAUUAAUAAAAAAUAAAAAUCUGAAAUAUCUUGAGUCAAUAAGUAUUCAACCCCUUUGUUAUGGCAAGCCUAAAUGAGCGUGAUGAGCCAACCUAACCCGGACGAACGCUGGGCCAAUUGUGCGCCACCCUAUGUUAACACAACAAAAUGUGGAAUAAGUCAAGAGAUAUGAAAACUUUCUGAAGGCACUGUAUAUUUAUAUGUGCAUACAUGUAUUUUCAUUAGUCCUGAAAGGGCUUUAUAGUGUACGGACUCACCCCAUCCAUGUGUAGCGCCCCUCUGGGUGAUGCACGGCUGCCAUUUUGUCUCUUGAACGCUCACCACACAAUGAAAGUGAUUGAUUGUGCCAUUGACAUAUGAAAUGUCUCUCUCACCUUUCACAGAGGGGAACUGUUCAGCUCACCCUCACAGCAGACAAGCUCCCAAAGACCCACCAUCUCCUCUCCUUCCCUUGGAUGCAUCAGCCUCCCCAACAGCCAAUCGGAGCCCCCCUCCAGCCCCCGCCAGGAAGUGAAGUGUAUGUUGCCAUUGGGGCUCAGAGAGAAAGCGCCUCCAGCUGAACCAUCCACCCCAGGCCAUCCAGCAGUGCCUACCCCACAGACAGGCACCGCAGCUGGGGAGAGAGAGUCGUGUGGGCCCCCGGAGCCAUCCACCCCCACCAGAGCCGCUGCCAUCAGACAGAGGGCUGUGUCCCAGCAGACAAGCUUUGACAACACCAUCUCUCCCAGUUCACCCAGUAAGGUAAGAGCCACUGGGUAGCUACAAUGAUAUGGUUGAUCAUAUUAAAGGGAAUAGAAAGAGAUGAUGAGAUUCCUGUCCGUUAUUCUUCUAGCCUAACCGCCAUUCCCCCCCCCCCCCCCUCUCUCUCCAUCCACCUUGCUUGUCUCAUGUCCUCAUGUUUUCUCUCUCCCUCUCCCUCUCUCUCUCUCUUCAUCCACCUUGCUUGUCUCAUGUCCUCAUGUUUUCUCUCUCUCUCUCUCUCUCUCUCUCUCUCUCCCCAUCCACCUUGCUUGUCUCAUAUCCUCAUGUUUCUCUCUCUCUCUCUCUCUCUCUCUCUCUCUCUCUCUCUCUGUCUUCAUCCACGUUGCUUGUCUCAUGUCCUUAUGUGUUCUCGUCUCUCUCUCUCUCCAUCCACCUUGCUUGUCUCAUAUCCUCAUGUUUUCUCUCUCUCUCCCUCUCUCUCUUCAUCCACCUUGCUUGUCUCAUGUCCUCAUGUUUUCUCUCUCCCUCUCUCUCUCCCUCUCUCUCUCCAUCCACCUUGCUUGUCUCAUUCCUAUGUUCUCUCUCUCUCUCUCUCUGUCUCAUCACGUUGCUGUUCAGUCCUAUGUGUUCUCGUCUCUCUCUCUCUCCAUCAACCCUGCUGUCUCAUAUCCUCAUGUUCUCUUCUCUCUCUCUCUCUCUCUGUCUUCAUCCAACGUGCUUGUCUCAUGUCCUUAUGUGUUCUCUCUCUCUUCUCUCAUCCACCUGCUUGUCUCAUAUCCUAUGUUCUCUCUUCUCUCUCUCUCUCUCCUGUCUUCAUCCAGUUGUUGUCUCAUGUCUUAGUGUUCUCGUCCUCUCUGUUCUCUCUUCAUCCACCUUGCUUGUCUAUGUCCUCAUGUUCUCUCUCUCUCUCUCUCUCUCUCUCUCUCUCUCUCUCUCUCUCUCUCUCUCUCUCUUCAUCCACCUUGCUUGUCUGAUGUCCUCAUGUUCUCUCUCUCUCUCUCUCUCUCUCUCUCUUCAUCCACGUUGCUUGUCUCAUGUCCUCAUGCUUCCUCGUCUCUCUCCCUCUAGCUCUGUCAGAGAGUGGCGUCUCAGCAGACCAGUUUUGAUGCGGCUGGCCCCAGGUCUCCAACAGCCAGCGUAAGGGUCCUUAGAUACCUCACACCUCCUGUCCUUCUUACAAUGUCAAAAUGGAACAGAAACAAACCAUUGUCCCUUCUGCUAGCCCCUACACCUUAACGGUUAGCAGAUCAGGAUUGGCAUCAUGUUUGAAAUUCAAUUCAUGAAUUGACAAUUGCUUAUUGUAUUUUAUGGUUUUAUCAAAAUCAGGAAGUAAACUGAAAUGAUCUUUGACAGAAUAUAAAACUGGAUUGACCUUGUAGCAGAUCAAGGGCCGUAUGUAUCAAACGUCUCAGGAGUGCUGAUCUAGGAUCACGUCCAACCUGCCUAUGUAAUCUUAUUCAUUAUGAUCUCUGAGGCAUAACUGAUCCUAGAUCAGCACUUCUGCUCUGAGAUACUUCAUACAUACAGCCCCUGAUAUGUGUAAGCAAAGAACACGUGCUGAGGGUCAAGGGUUAACUCCACCCCCUUCUGUGUGACAGGGCGAGCCAGAGACCCCACCCUCGAGGGCAGCCGCCGGCCCCGCCCAUCGCAGACACGUGCGGACCAUUCAGGAAGUGCGGACGACGGUCACACGCAUCAUCACAGAUGUGUACUACGAGGAUGGGAGAGAGGUGGACCGUAAGGUCACUGAGGUGGGACCAAGCAAGGCAUUUAGCUCAUAGACCUUUACUUUCUCCAACUCGUUCUUUUUGUCAUUGAUUACGCCUCACUGUUGCGGUGUGUGUAUGUGUCUUCCCGGUGUGUGUGUGUGUCUUCCCGGUGUGUGUGUCUUCCCGGUGUGUGUGUGUGUCUUCUUGGUGUGUGUGUAUGCGUGCAUGUGUGUCCCUUCUUUCUGUUCCUCAGGAGUCAGAGGAGCCGGUGGUGGACAGCCGUGUGUUGGACAGCGACAUCUCUCCGUGUCGCACCGGCAGCUCCAUGACCUCCGGUGACCUGGGUGAUGUCAGCUCUCUGUCCUCCAAGGCUUCCAGCCUGCAGCACAGCUCCGGGGGCACCAGCACAGUCAGGGGCCCUGCCCAGAGGGACCCCGACUUUAUCAUGCCGCCCAGCCGAGGGGCCAAGUCUGCCAGGUACUGUAAUGGACAUGGGUUUGAAUUGGAUUAUUAUAUAAAAAAAUGUAUGCAUGCAGUUCCUUUCCUGAUCUGAAUUGAUGGAAUUGACCUCCGACAUUUCCGUCUAGUGACUGCCUUCUGCCUUCUUGUAAUGAGUGGCCCUCAGUCUUUUGUAACAUGAUUUAUAUCCAUGCUCUGACACUAUUUACUGUGCUUAUUUCUUAGUCUUAAUCUCUGUUGUCUUCGCACUCACAUUUGCACACCUGUCAACAACACAAACAUGGGAGAAACUAAAUCAUUCCUAUACUAGACAAGGGUUCAGUAUCUUUAAGUUCCCUCUUAACCAUAGAAAUAGAAUUACUAGAAGUGACAUUCUAUGUCUAUGCUUUUAACCACUCUCACGUGUUGACAGGUAUGCAUGCAAAUGUCAGUCUUUGACUUUGUCCACUGUCUAACUACCCCUCCGCCACAUCCACAACCCCCCAACCCAACACCCAGAUAAGUUAUUCUAAGAUCCCCCUAUCAACACAUAUGGUAAGGCCUUAUCCACAACUGCUCCCCUACCUGGACCAACCCAUGUGGCCACAGUAUGGGUGUCCAUCAUCUGCCCCCUGUCUGCUGUGUGGACCGUCCCUCUCUUGGUAGGACUUGGCCUGGGCACAGAUUUAGGAUCAGCUAACCUUCCCCCAACCCUAACCUUCCCCCAACCCUAACCCUAAUCAUGAGGAAAAACAUAAAACUGACCUUAGUUCAGCUUUUAUGGGAUGAUUCAUCCUUCCCUGUCCCUCUACUCUCUGUCUGCAGCCCCAGGAGGGGUAGUGGGCCGCAGCAGAGGGGCCACAGGGGUCAAGUGGCGGGGUCAGAGUUCAUGGGAGAGAGAGUUCAAGGACUUCAUGGGUCGCGGGCCUUCACCCCACUGACGCCCCGCGGAAGAGCCAGGCGGGGCAGGCCUCCGUCCCGCUCACCUCUGUCCAGGUGAGCCCUGUCUAGGGACGCCACUGGAGCUGUAGUGGGUCAGAGUUCCAGAAACACCUAGUGACAUCAUCAAAAGCAGACAUUAGCUGCAUGUUCAAACACAACUACAUCCACGCCAGCACGUACGUAGCCAAUUGUGCCUUCCCAAAAUUGUGAUGCAACGCGAUUCAACUGGUGUGCAACACAUGGACACAUGGGAGUUGGUUGCUUCCCGACAUCAUUCAGCGUUCUAAAACGUGUAGGUGCGUGUAUGUUUUUUCCAAACUUUGAAAACAAGUAAACCUGAGAUGACAGACACUGAGAUAUAUAAUGAAACCUUAGCAUAGAGUACAGAAAUGGCUUUAGAACAAGGAUCCUCCAACCUGCUCUUCACAGAGAGCUGCAGUACCGCAGGUAUUUGUUAUAGACCAGGGUUACUGUCUCUCCAAUCCCAUACUGUCCCUGCUAACAUUCUCCUUUUCUUCCUCCCAAAACUCCUGCCAACGUGUCCUUUCCCUUUUCCAAUCAAUUACUCUGCAACCAGUGUUCGUCUUCCAAAACCCAUAUGGCCCUUGCUACCCUUACCCGUCUCCCAAUCCAUACGGCCUGCUCCGUUUUCCGUCUUCCAAUCCCCUACCCUGCAACCAGUUACUUCUCUCCAUCCCAAUGUCCCUCUAACCAGUGUUAUGCUCUCCAUCCCUCCUGUCUGUACCAGUGUUACUGUCUCUCCAAUCCAAUAAAGCCUGCUUAACCAGUUUAUGUCUCCCCCAAUCCCCUUACUUCCCCUCCAGUGUUACUUCUCCUCCAACCAACUUCCCUCCUUGUUCGUCUUCCAAUCCAUCUCCUGGGUAACCAGUGUUACCUUUUCCUUCCCAAUCCCAUACUGGCCCGCUACCGUUUACUCUCCCAAUCCCAAAUGGCCCUGUAAACUGUGUUACUGCUAACAUUCUCCUUUUCCUGUCUUCACUAAUCAUCUCAAUGCAACACAACUGUCUCCUUUUCCUGUCUUCACUAAUCAUCUCAAUGCAACACAACUCUCUCCUUUUCCUGUCUUCACUAAUCAUCUCAAUGCAACACAACUGUCCCUGUCUAAUAUGUAUGUUUCUUAUUUACUAUAAAGAACCCAAACUUUAAAUCACUACUGGUAGAAAUGUACAGUAUAUAGAACAUGACUAGUCUGUUCCACUGGAGAAGUAAUGCUGAUCUAUUCUUUACAUAACGUUUCUAAACAUAUCUGUCUGUAAUGUUCAAAACGUUGAUGGUGCUCUUUGUCCUAUUGACUCUGCCAGGGGUGCCGGCGUCCCGCGUGCCAAUGCCCGCGGCCAACCCCUGUCCUCCUCUGAGGAUGAGCCCUACACCCGCCUGUGUCCCACCCCGCGCAUCCCAGACUGCCCUGCGGUCCCCAGCCACUCCUCCACGUCUCUCCUCACCACCACCUCCCCAGAUGAAGGCAGUCCAGCUGGGAGCAGCUUCGUGGGGCUUCGCGUGGUGGCCAAGUGGUCCAGCAACGGCUACUUCUACUCGGGCCGCAUCACCAAGGACCUGGGCGAGGGGCGUUUCCGGCUGCUCUUCGAUGACAGCUAUGAGUGCGAGGUCACGGGCAAGGACAUCCUGCUGUGUGACCCCAUCCCCCUGGACACUGAGGUCACGGCACUGCUGGAGGACGAGUACUUCAGCACAGGUGAUGCCGUGUUCAAAACAACUAAGAACUCUGAAAAAUAUGAGGUCAAAUCAUGACGUCAGUGAUCUUCAGGUCGGAAAGUCGGAGCUCUAGAAAGAGACCCGAGGUCCCGAGUUGGAAUUCCGAGUUGGAUGACCGUUCGAAUCGUUUUUUCCCAGUCAGAGCUCAUUUUCUUCCUAGUUCCCAGUUGUUUUGAAAGCUCGGAAGUCGGAGAUUUCCGAGUUCCCAGUUCUGAGUUCCCAGUUGUUAUAAAUGCGGCAUGAGAAGGGGAGGGGAGAGGACAGAUUGUUUACACUCCCAAAGUUUCCACUUGAACAAUCCCUGUCAUGGAUUUAAAAGCAUUGGAUUGGUUUGGUGUAAGCAUUGGCUGGAGGAAGUUUCUCCCAUGGUUAAACCCAUGACAGGGAGUGUGCAAACACGUGUGGAGAAUCUGGAUGCUGGACAGGAGAAGACAGGAGAAGAGAGAAUGGGGUUAGAAUGGGUUUGGAGUAGAGGAUAGAAUAAUGGGACACAACACAGCCCCAUGGCUGAGAAGAAGUCAGGCUGUCACUGGAAACUCUUUUCUCUUCAUGUGGUUGGCCCUUUUCCCAUUUCUGUCUUUAAAUGGAAAAGAAGCUCCAACACAUUAGUGAUCCUGACUCUCUACAAAUGUAAUGGAUCUUCAGUGGAGCGUUAACAUCACCAGUGUGCUGUAGUCUCUCUUCAAUUCCCUAUAUUGGUUUUUCUCCAUGUUGCUGAUAUGAUUCUAUGUGAAUUUGACUGUUUUUCAACCCUUCUCUCUCUUUGCCUUGUCUCUCCAGGUCUAGUGAAGGGCUACAAGACGGAGGGCGAGGAGCUGUUCUACAGUGUGGAGAAGCAGGGACAGACUACAGCCACUACAGCUGGAGAGAGGGAGGGCCAGACUACAGCCACUACAGCUGGAGAGAGGGAGGGCCAGACUACAGCCACUACAGCUGGAGAGAGGGAGGGCCAGACUACAGCCACUACAGCUGGAGAGAGGGAGGGCCAGACUACAGCCACUACAGCUGGAGAGAGGGAGGGCCAGACUACAGCCACUACAGCUGGAGAGAGGCAGUGGUACAACCGCAGUUCCGUCAUCCUGACCAUGGAGCAAGGCAACAGGCUGAGAGAACAGUACGGCCUGGGGCCCUACGAGCCCUCCACGCCCCUGACCAAGGCCUCCGACAUCAGCCUGGGUAAGACAACCACAAAGCUUUGAGGACUGACUGAGUUAGAACCACAUAGCCGUGCCCUGGCAAGAACCUCAAGUACCCUUUCCACGGCCUCCCGAGUGCGCAGCGGUCUAAGGCACUGCAGUGCUUGAGGCGUCACUACAGAUCCGGGUUCGAUCCCGAGCUGUGUCGCAGCCGGCCACGACCGGGAGACCCAUGAGUCGGCUCACAAUUGGCUCAGCGUCGUCCAGGUUAGGGGAGGGUUGGCCGGCUGGGAUGUCCUUGUCCCAUCGCACUCUAGCGACUCCUGUGGCGGGCCGGGCGCAUGCAUGCUGACACGGUCGCCAAUUGUACGGUGUUUCCUCCGACACAUUGGUGAGGCUGGCUUCCGGGUUAAGUGAGCAGUGUGUCAAGAAGCAGUGCGGCUUGGCAGGAUUGUGUUUCGGAGGACGCAUGGCUCUCGACCUUCGCCUCUCCCAAGUCCGUAGGGGAGUUGCGGCGAUGGGACAAGACUGUAACUACCAAUUGGAUAUCAUGAAAUUGGGGAGAAAAAGGGGUAAAAAUAAAUACAAAUGUACCCUCUCCACACCGAGCCGAGCUGUACUGGCCUGAUUAUGCUACCACAAUAGUUGUUGGAACGGUUCUGGAAAGGACAAUGUGAAAAUAAAUGAUUGGACCUAGCACAGUACAGUACAGUCUGGGUUGGGUUGGCAUGAUAAUGUUAAAAGGGUAUAAUGUGAGCACUGCCCAAUAAGGAAAUAUAUUACAGUACUACCCUUAAGUUUGAGUUGAGUCAUCUCUACUUUUCACAAAGCUUUAUAAAGACUCCCAAGUCUCUGUGAAAACAGUGAUUCCUUCAUACAGGGAGGAUCAACUAGUGAUUCAUCAAACAGAAAUGAGGUUAAAUGUUAGUGUCAUUUCAGUGUCAAGUGUGAUGACUUGUGACAUUGCUGUGCCCACCCCCACAUUCUAUGGUGGUGUCUUCCACAGAUAACCUGGUGGAGGGGAAGAGGAGACGCAGGGGGAUCACAGGGGGGGCCCAGGGGACCCCCAACCGCAGCUCGGACAGCCCCCGCACCCCCGGCCCCUCUGGGAAGAGGAAGCUGAUCAGCUCUGAGGACAGGGACAGGGAGAGGACCCCGGCUAAGCGAGGCCGCAGGGGGGGAGGAGGACCCAGAGCCGGUACGGAGACCUGGUCACCCUAACCCUGACACCAUACCUUAACGCUGACCCUAAACCUAACCUCUGUGUCCAAGCCUAAACUCUCAACUGUAACCUCUAACAUUUAGGUUGAACCUAAAUGUCAACCCAAAACCUCAAAUGCCCAAACCCAGCCCCAGCCUUUUUAACACUAAGCCACAGCCCAAACCUCAACCCCAACCUCAGAGCAUAGAUCGCUGAGCUAGCCCUACAGACCUGACCCCAGAACAGUGGACUGAGAGCCCUUGGUGAUGCUUUGGAUAGGUGGAGGCAUUUUAUACAUUCUAGAAAUUUACAUUUACAUUUUAGUCAUUUAGCAGACGCUCUUAUCCAGAGCGACUUACAGUUAGUGAAUGCAUACCUAUAUUGAUUUAACAUAAUAUGGCUCAGUGGGGUGCAGAAUUUUUAGACUGCUGCAAAUAUACAUUUUAAAUGCACUAUUUAUUAAUACAAUUGGUUUUAGUCAGUAUUGGUACUUUUUUAAAUGCAUGAUUUUAAUUCUGAACAUAAUUAUUUUCUGAAUGUAAUCUGAACUAUAAGGGCAGGGCAUGCAAUGAAAAUGUAACGCUAUCCCUGAUGCAGUGAAAAUAAUUAAAAACAUUGAGUAAUGAAGUAAGCUUUAUGCGACAUCUUUUUGAGUGAGAACCCAUUACACCUCUUUGUUUGUCAUGGGAUUGUUUAAUCACCAACAUUUUAAAUAAACAAAGGUUUGGGAUUUUAAAAGAUUUUCUGUAAAGAGUACUCUUAGUAGUGCUAGAUUCUAUAACCAGUCAUAUGAAAGCCUGUGAGUUUGUAUUCAGACCCACAAAUAUAUUUUUGACCGCCACGGUACACUGCAACCACCACCCUCUCCUGAUAAAAUAAUAAUACAUUUAUAUGCCAUUUAGUCAUGCGUGCAUACUGCAUACAUUUUAUGUGCGGGUGGUCCUGGGAAUCGAACCCACUAUCCUGGCAUUACAAGUGCCAUGCUUUACCAACGGAGCGACAGAAGACCUUAGGCUGAGUUGGUAUGUGAAUAACUACUAAUAGACUUGGUGUUGGUCCACGUGUGUAAAGGAGACAGGUAAAGGUGUGUUUUUAUAGUAUCCACUGUUAUUUGCUUAGAGGGGUGUCUUUCCAUAAACUUUUCACCCCUUUGAACCACGCACGGAUCACCUGUUUUCCUUUAGUUGUUUGAAGGGCUGAACCUCACGUUUUACUGCACCGGUGGUAUUCCUGUUCUUCCUCAGUCUGUUAUAAAGCUCUUUCGCUUCAUAGACCUUUUCUCUCUUGAAAUAUACAAUUCCUACUGUUUCAUUAAUGGUUUCUAAUUUCUGCUGUCUAUUUCUCUCUCUCGUUCUCUCUCUCUCUGUUUAUGUGUGUCUCUCUGACUGUCUGUCUCCGUCCAUCCAUCCAUCCCUCUCCACAGGUCAGCGGGUUGGUGUGUGUAACACCUCAGGCAGUGGCACUGACCUGCCCUGCGACCAUGGUGCCCUGCUGGAGACCCACGGCCCGCUGCCCCAGAGUGCAUCUCUCUUCCUGGGCUUUGCCUUCAUGCUGACGGCAUCGUCAGAGAGCGACCGCCAGACCAACCAGCCAAUCAGCGACGGCGAGGAGGGUGAGAAGGCUAUGGCCCAAUCCCAAAUCUACCCCUAAACCCUACGUCCUUGUGGAGAUCGGAGAGGAUUUGAUCGGUAUAAGCAAUAUGGUGAAACUUUCAUCUCGCCUAUCAAAGGGCAAAGUGGAGCUAUUACCAAAUUGCAUACACCUGUCAAAUCCAGUCAGAUCUCUAGGGUCUAGGGGUCGAUUUUGGAUCAAACCCUUGUGUAGUUCCAGACAGUGGAACACCCCUUAAAGGGAUAGUUCAUUCCAGUGUUCAAAUUAUAUAUUGUCUUUUGGGGGUGCCCAACAUUGAAAUCUUGUGACUUUUUGGGGGAGCCCCACAUUUACAUUUUAAUUCUUAUGGGGUCUCUAAUUUGUUGUUCAGGGGGUCUCUAAUUUGUUGUUCAUCCCAAUAUUAAUGUUUGACAGAUGAAUCAUAAUCGGCGGAAUCCUAACUUUGAGACUUUGUUGUUAAUCAUUCAUUGAUGUCAAUGGGAAACAUGCUAGAAAAAUUCAACUGAGUACAUGGAUCUCAAGUAAGAAUUCUGCCCAGGGAUCUGGUUAGUUUUAGGCAAAGGUCUUCCACAGUGGUCUGCGCAGCCUCAAUGAAAUGUAUUUAAUUAAUUUGACACACACACAUCCUUUAAUGCUUAUCUAAAUGACAGCUAAAGAUCUCUCCAUGUGUGUGUUUGCUCUAUGACUGUCUAUGUUAACACGUUGUACGUUGUCCUUUCCCUCCAAUAGAGUACGUGCAGACGGCCCCCUAUCACAAACGCUACACUGAGACCCAGCUGGAGGCCGGAGGAGGCUUCAUCCUCCAGGACUUCAACGAGGAACAGGUGAGAUGGAACACCCAUAGAGAUAUAAUUACUUCUGAGCACACUUCUACAGCCAUGUCAGUUCUCCUGGAAUAUGGAGAGAAGCUACAGUAGGGAGGCAUUACUUUAUGUAGGCGCACUACAUCCUCUGCCAAGAGGUCUGCACCUAUACAGUAUGUCACUGGAGGUAGUGCACUUGCUCUGUAAACAAAGGGUCCCUGGUUCAAGUCCCAUUUCAGCAGUUUUUCCCCUCAAUUACUCCACUGAAAGAAUGGAAUGUUUAGCUUUCGUUCUACAUAUUCCAUUUCUACGUCAUAUUGCCCAUCCUGAAGUGUCCUCUCUUGUGAUUCCCUCCCUCCGCAGUGCAAGGCGGCCUAUCAGAGCCUGCUGAUCACCGACCAGCAUAGCCGAACCAGGAAGUACCUGCUGUGUGUGGCCAGUGGUGUGCCGUGUGUGUCUCACAUCUGGGUGAGGGACAGUUGCAAGGAGGGCAAGCUGCUCAACUACAGGAACUACCUGCUGCCCGCCGGAGUGGGCCCCGACGACCGCAUAGUGGAAUGGUGAGGAUUCUAGUUGCUUCUAUCCGAAAAUGAUGUCAGGCUACUCCUGUCACUAUCAUAUGCACAGGAAUAUUAAUGCAGGCACUUUAAGUCGGCACUCUCAAGUGGUACAAAUGUAAACAUUGGUAGUCUACUAUUAUAAUGGCAUCCACAGCCUAUCAAUCAAUCCCAUUUAGCAGUUGUCACAAAGUGCUUUACAGGUACCCAGCCUAAAACCCCCAAAGAGCAAGCAAUACACAAGCACAGUGGCUAGGAAAAACUCCCUGGAAAGGCAGGAACCUAGGAAGAAACCAGGCUCUGAGGCGUGGCCAGUCCUCUUCUGGCUGUACCAGGUGGAGAUUUAAGAGUACAUGUGGCCAGAUCUGUUCAAACGUUCCUUGAUGACUAGCAGGUUAAAACAAAUAACCAUGGUGGCUAUAGAGUGAAACAGUUCAACACCUCAGGAGGCAUGCAUUCAAAGUGAACAAAACACUUCAAGUAUUAAUAUGGUCGAUGUGCUGAGGGGAAUGCAUUGUGUUGUUUAUUUUGAUCAGGCAUCCGCGCUGCAGCCCGUUCAAGGCCCUGCGGGUCCUGUUGGUAUUUGAGAAGCCGGUGGAGCUGUGGUCUGAGCUGCUGACGAUGAGUGGAGCUUCCUCUGUGAGACAGCACCAAGCAGACAAGGACAGCUCUGGUACGUAUAGCACAGUACAAUACAUGCUCGCCUGUCCCUUACUAAUCAUGACCUAGCACUGUGCUUGAAAAUAAACAAAACAAACAUUUUGGUGUGCCUGUAUGGCAACACCCCUAACACUUAUUAGCCCUGAAGGUCACGGGUUCAAUCCACCUUUUCCACUUUCUGUUCUCCAGCCCACUUUCUGUUCUACAUCCCCCUCUGUAAAAGCCUUGAGUAGAGACAAAUGCAUGUUCUGGAUGUCUGCUUUCAUAACGUGUCUUCCGUUUGCGUCAACAGACAUUCCUGGGGGCAAGUUUGACGUGGUGGUCACAGACCGCACCUGUCCGUCAUUGGUUCUGAAGAGUGUGACAUCACAGGAAGUACCCAUGGUGUCGCCAGAGUGGCUAAUCCACAGUCUGAUCUGUGGGGAGCGCCUGGGAUACCAUAGCAACCCCCAAUAUCGUCAUGACUACACAUCCCCACCCUCAUCCUAAUCCGAGCCUCCAGUCGCACACAAAGGUUUGUUGUAGGUAGAAGAUGCCCUUAACCUCAGAUCUGGGAUCAGUUUCCCAAUGCUCAAUCAUAACCAUUAUGAGGGAUGAUAUCUGACCCUGUGUCAGUGCUUAGGAGCAACUUGUACCUACACAGACACACCUUCAACCAUGUUAAAUGUAUUGUAUCAGUUCUAUUGCAUGCUUCCGCUACUGUAUAUAGUUUUAACCUGUCUGUUUUUAUGGAAUAAUAAACUGAUAAUUUCAUUUUAAUUAUUGUUUAUUAGUCUGUUUCUUCAUGAAAAGGCACACACAUUAAUGAUACAGUAUUUACAAUUUAUACAAUAGGAUACGGUAGGGUAAGUAACCGAUGGAAACAACCGGUUCUCAAAUCUGUUUGUGCUGUAUAGCCAACUCCUACAUGAUCAUAUAACGCAAACAGAUCUGGGACCAGGCUAGAGGAACCAUACAAGCACAGGACAAUAUGGAAUAUUAAUUGAAACGAGAGUAUCAAAGACAUUUCGGGACACAAUGGGGUUAUGCAACAACAUACUGAUCUUCAAGUCCUUCAUCUGACUUGAAGAUAAAUGGUCUGGAAUGCUUGUGGCUCAAGAUCUCAUCUGGAAAUCCUCCAUUUUCUCUCCCAAUCAGAAACUGCAAAAGACAGGUAUCAGUGUUGAGGGGUGUGUAGGGUGAAGUUCCCCUUAGACGCUGAUCUUCGGUCAGUUCUGCAUUUGCCCACUAUUGGUUAAGGUUAGGAUUGAGGGAGGGGAAGCUGAUCCUAGAUCAGCAUAGGGGAAACUUCAACCGGAGUGUUGAGGGGUGCACCUCAACCUGAAAGCCUCUUUUGCAGGGUAUGUAGUGUUGUGAAGAAAAUAACACAAUGCUCUCAGGUAUUUAGUGCAGCAACAUUUCAAUCAGGCUCCUUACCAGGCCACAGUGCCCUCUGACUGGGUAUAGUGGAAUAUUGGGUUCCUACCUGCCCAGGGUGUAGUGUAAUGGGUUCCUACCUCCCCAGGGUGUAGUGUAAUGGGUUCCUACCUCCCCAGGGUGUAGUGUAAUGGGUUCCUACCUCCCCAGGGUGUAGUGUAAUGGGUUCCUACCUGCCCAGGGUGUAGUGUAAUGGGUUCCUACCUGCCCAGGGUGUAGUGUAAUGGGUUCCUACCUGCCCAGGGUGUAGUGUAAUGGGUUCCUACCUGCCCAGGGUGUAGUGUCCGGUCCCUACCUCCCCAGGGUGUAGUGUAAUGGGUUCCUACCUGCCCAGGGUGUAGUGUGAUGGGUUCCUACCUGCCCAGGGUGUAGUGUAAUGGGUUCCUACCUGCCCAGGGUGUAGUGUAAUGGGUUCCUACCUGCCCAGGAUGUAGUGUGAUGGGUUCCUACCUGCCCAGGGUGUAGUGUAAUGGGUUCCUACCUGCCCAGGGUGUAGUGUAAUGGGUUCCUACCUCCCAGGGUGUAGUGUAUGGUUCCUACCUCCCCAGGGUGUAGUGUAAUGGGUUCCUACCUGCCCAGGGUGUAGUGUAAUUGUUUCCCUACCUGACCCAGGGUGUAGUGUAAUGGGGUUCCCUACCUCCCCAGGGUGUUGAGUGUAAUGGGUUUCCCUACCUCCCCGGGGGUGUAGUGUAAUGGGUCCUACCUCCCCAGGGUGUAUGGGUAAUGGGUCCCUACCCCUCCCCAGGGUGUAGUGUAAUGGGUCCCUACCUCCCCAGGGUGUAGGUGUAAUGGGGUCCCUACCUUUCCCCAGGGUGCCUCCUGACUGGGUGUAGUGUAAUGGGUUCCUACCCCUGCCCAAGGGGGUAUAGUGUAAUGGUUUCCUACCGUCCCCAGGGUGGUAGUGGUAAUGGGUUACCCUACCUCCCCAUGGGUGUCGGUAAUGGGUCCCAUACCAUCCCCAGGGUGUAGUGUAAUGGGUCCCUACCUCCCCAGGGUGUAGUGUAAUGGGUCCCUACCUCCCCAGGGUGUAGUGUAAUGGGUUCCUACCUGUCCAGGAUGUAGUGUAAUGGGUUCCUACCUGCCCAGGGUGUAGUGUAAUGGGUUCCUACCUGUCCAGGGUGUAGUGUAAUGGGUUCCUACCUGUCCAGGGUGUAGUGUAAUGGGUUCCUACCUCCCCAGGGUGUAGUGUAAUGGGUUCCUACCUCCCCAGGGUGUAGUGUAAUGGGUUCCUACCUGCCCAGGGUGUAGUGUAAUGGGUUCCUACCUCCCCAGGGUGUAGUGUAAUGGGUUCCUACCUGCCCAGGGUGUAGUGUAAUGGGUUCCUACCUGUCCAGGGUGUAGUGUAAUGGGUUCCUACCUGCCCAGGGUGUAGUGUAAUGGGUUCCUACCUGCCCAGGGUGUAGUGUAAUGGGUUCCUACCUGCCCAGGAUGUAGUGUCCGGUUCCUACCUUCCCAGGGUGUAGUGUAAUGGGUUCCUACCUGCCCAGGGUGUAGUGUAAUGGGUUCCUACCUGCCCAGGGUGUAGUGUGAUGGGUUCCUACCUGCCCAGGGUGUAGUGUAAUGGGUUCCUACCUGCCCAGGAUGUAGUGUGAUGGGUUCCUACCUGCCCAAGGUGUAGUGUGAUGGGUUCCUACCUGCCCAGGGUGUAGUGUAAUGGGUUCCUACCUGCCCAGGAUGUAGUGUGAUGGGUUCCUACCUGCCCAGGGUGUAGUGUAAUGGGUUCCUACCUGCCCAGGGUGUAGUGUAAUGGGUUCCUACCUGCCCAGGGUGUAGUGUAAUGGGUUCCUACCUGCCCAGGGUGUAGUGUAAUGGGUUCCUACCUGCCCAGGGUGUAGUGUAAUGGGUUCCUACCUGCCCAGGGUGUAGUGUAAUGGGUUCCUACCUGCCCAGGAUGUAGUGUGAUGGGUUCCUACCUGCCCAGGGUGUAGUGUAAUGGGUUCCUACCUGCCCAGGGUGUAGUGUAAUGGGUUCCUACCUGCCCAGGGUGUAGUGUAAUGGGUUCCUACCUGCCCAGGGUGUAGUGUGAUGGGUUCCUACCUGCCCAGGGUGUAGUGUAAUGGGUUCCUACCUGCCCAGGGUGUAGUGUGAUGGGUUCCUACCUGCCCAGGGUGUAGUGUAAGGGGUUCCUACCUGCCCAGGGUGUAGUGUAAUGGGUUCCUACCUGCCCAGGGUGUAGUGUGAUGGGUUCCUACCUGCCCAGGGUGUAGUGUAAUGGGUUCCUACCUGCCCAGGGUGUAGUGUGAUGGGUUCCUACCUGCCCAGGGUGUAGUGUAAUGGGUUCCUACCUGCCCAGGAUGUAGUGUGAUGGGUUCCUACCUGCCCAGGGUGUAGUGUAAUGGGUCCCUACCUGCCCAGGGUGUAGUGUAAUGGGUCCCUACCUGCCCAGGAUGUAGUGUGAUGGGUUCCUACCUGCCCAGGGUGUAGUGUAAUGGGUUCCUACCUGCCCAGGAUGUAGUGUGAUGGGUUCCUACCUGCCCAGGGUGUAGUGUAAUGGGUUCCUACCUGCCCAGGGUGUAGUGUAAUGGGUUCCUACCUGCCCAGGGUGUAGUGUAAUGGGUCCCUACCUCCCCAGGGUGUAGUGUAAUGGGUCCCUACCUCCCCAGGGUGUAGUGUAAUGGGUCCCUACCUCCCCAGGGUGCCUCCUGACUGGGUGUAGUGUAAUGGGUUCCUACCUGCCCAGGGUGUAGUGUAAUGGGUUCCUACCUCCCCAGGGUGUAGUGUAAUGGGUCCCUACCUCCCCAGGGUGUAGUGUAAUGGGUCCCUACCUCCCCAGGGUGUAGUGUAAUGGGUCCCUACCUCCCCAGGGUGUAGUGUAAUGGGUCCCUACCUCCCCAGGGUGCCUCCUGACUGGGUGUAGUGUAAUGGGUUCCUACCUCCCCAGGGUGUAGUGUAAUGGGUUCCUACCUCCCCAGGGUGUAGUGUAAUGGGUCCCUACCUCCCCAGGGUGUAGUGUAAUGGGUCCCUACCUCCCCAGGAUGUAGUGUAAUGGGUCCCUACCUCCCCAGGGUGUAGUGUAAUGGGUCCCUACCUCCCCAGGGUGUAGUGUAAUGGGUCCCUACCUCCCCAGGGUGUAGUGUAAUGGGUCCCUACCUGCCCAGGGUGUAGUGUAAUGGGUCCCUACCUCCCCAGGGUGUAGUGUAAUGGGUCCCUACCUCCCCAGGGUGUAGUGUAAUGGGUCCCUACCUCCCCAGGGUGUAGUGUAAUGGGUCCCUACCUCCCCAGGGUGCCUCCUGACUGGGUGUAGUGUAAUGGGUUCCUACCUGCCCAGGGUGUAGUGUAAUGGGUUCCUACCUCCCCAGGGUGUAGUGUAAUGGGUCCCUACCUCCCCAGGGUGUAGUGUAAUGGGUCCCUACCUCCCCAGGGUGCCUCCUGACUGGGUGUAGUACUUGUUGUAGUCCAGCCUGAGCAGCAGCUGAGCCAGGUCAGAGUUGAUCUGGUGGUUUCUGACACUGGACAGGAUCUUGAAGAGCAGGAAGGACUGACGACUGAAACCCUGAAAUUACAGAUGAUGUACUUCAGUUUGCAUUGGCCAUUUAGCACCAAAGACUAAACAAGCAAUUACUAUAUAUUAUAUAUACACAGUACCGGUCAAAAGUUGGGACACACCUACUCAUUCCAGGGUUUUUCUUUAUUUUUACUGUUUUCUACAUGGUAGAAUAAUCAAAGACAUCAAAACUAUGAAAUAACACAUAUGGAAUCAUGUUGUAACCAAACAAGUGUUAAACAAAUCAAAAUAUAUUUUAUAUUUGAUUCACUAUUAUUCUACAAUGUAGAAAUUAGUAAAAAUAAAGAAAAACCCUGGAAUGAGUAGGUGUGUCCAAACUUUUGACUGGUACUGUAUAUAUACAGUGAGGGAAAAAAGUAUUUGAUCCCCUGCUGAUUUUGUACGUUUGCCCACUGACAAAGACAUGAUCAGUCUAUAAUUUUAAUGGUAGGUUUAUUUGAACAGUGAGAGACAGAAUAACAACAAAAAAAUCCAGAAAGACGCAUGUCAAAAAUGUUCUAAAUUAGGGAGAUAAGUAUUUGAUCCCUCUGAUGACUUAGUACUUGGUGGCAAAACCCUUGUUGGCAAUCACAGAGGUCAGAUGUUUCUUGUAGUUGGCUACCAGGUUUGCACACAUCUCAGGAGGGAUUUUGUCCCACUCCCCUUUGCAGAUCUUCUCCAAGUCAUUAAGGUUUCGAGCCUGACGUUUGGCAACUCGAACCUUCAGCUCCCUCCACAGAUUUUCUAUGGGAUUAAGGUCUGGAGACUGGCUAGACCACUCCAGGACCUUAAUGUGCUUCUUCUUGAGCCACUCCUUUGUUGCCUUGGCCGUGUGUUUUGGGUCAUUGUCAUGCUGGAAUACCCAUCCACGACCCAUUUACAAUGCCCUAGCUGAGGGAAGGAGGUUCUCACCCAAGAUUUGACGGUACAUGGCCCCGUCCAUUGUCCCUUUGAUGCAGUGAAGUUGUCCUGUCCCCUUAGCAGAAAAACACCACCAAAGCAUAAUGUUUACACCUCCAUGUUUGACGGUGGGGAUGGUGUUCUUGGGGUCAUAGGCAGCAUUCCUCCUCCUCCAAACACAGCGAGUUGAGUUGAUUCCAAAGAGCUCCAUUUUGGUCUCAUCUGACCACAACACUUUCACCCAGUUCUCCUCUGAAUCAUUCAGAUGUUCAUUGGCAAACUUCAGACGGGCCUGUAUAUGUGCUUUCUUGAGCAGGGGGACCUUGCGGGCGCUGCAGGAUUUCAGUCCUUCACGGCGUAGUGUGUUACCAAUUGUUUUCUUGGUGACUAUGGUCCCAGCUGCCUUGAGAUCAUUGACAAGAUCCUCCCGUGUAGUUCUGGGCUGAUUCCUCACCGUUCUCAUGAUCAUUGCAACUCCACGAGGUGAGAUCUUGCAUAGAGCCCCAGGCCGAGGGAGAUUGACAGUUAUUUUGUGUUUCUUCCAUUUGCGAAUAAUCACACCAACUGUUGUCACCUUCUCACCAAGAUGCUUGGCGAUGGUCUUGUAGCCCAUUCCAGCCUUGUGUAGGUAUACAAUCUUGUCCCUGAUAUCCUUGGAGAGCUCUUUGGUCUUGGCCAUGGUGGAGAGUUUGGAAUCUGAUUGAUUGAUUGCUUCUGUGGACAGGUGUCUUUUAUACAGGUAACAAACUGAGAUUAGGAGCACUCCCUUUAAGAGUGUGCUCCUAAUCUCAGCUCGUUACCUGUAUAAAAGACACCUGGGAGCCAGAAAUCUUUCUGAUUGAGAGGGGGUCAAAUACUUAUUUCCCUCAUUAAAAUGCAAAUCAAUUUACUGGUAUAACAUUUUUGACAUGCGUUUUUCUGGAUUUUGUUGUUGUAUUCUGUCUCUCACUGUUCAAAUAAACCUACCAUUCAAAUUAUAGACUGAUCAUUUCUUUGUCAGUGGGCAAACGUACAAAAUCAGCAGGGGAUCAAAUACUUUUUUCCCUCACUGUAUAUGCGUGCCAAUGGGUUUUCGAAAUACUAUUGUUAGCAGACAGAGCCUCACCUUGACCAAGAUGUCCAGUUGGGCUGUUCCUCUCUCAUCCAGCGGAGCCACGUUCUGGCUGACCAAUGAGCAGAAGUUAUGACACAGCUCCAGGAUCUCAUUCAGACAGUGGAACACCUGGGGUGGGAGAGAAGACAGUGGACGAAAUUCAAAAAUGAAUGGCCAACUAUGGCUAAGUGGUCACUCAUGGCUGAAUCCUAAUUUGAUAUCAGUGUUGUUGUUAAUCUCCAACUGACAUCAACGCAUGAUUAGCACACAAGCGCAAGACCAUGUUCAAGGUUGUCUUCAUUGCAGUCGCGUUGCGCUAUUGGGUCAGGGAAGGGUUUACCUUCUCAGGAACCAUAUCAAAGUGAUACGGCAAUCUGAUCAUCUGCAUAACGUGACUGCAAUAAAGAAUACCUGCAAGUGGCCUUAAAAGUUACUGCUACAUUGUAUUCACGUCAAAUGCUAAUAAAUUGAGAUGCUAACCGGCUUGAGCAGGAUGAAGGACUGUGCUAGCAGGUUGCUAAGGAAGUGGUCGUGGGCCAGCCGGAUGCUCUCAAAGUCUCUGGUGGAGUUGAUCUGCUGCAGCAGCUGAGAGAACUGAGACUCCAGCACGUCCACCUGAGGGAGGAGGGAGAGGAGGAGCACAGCCAUGUUUGAUAUAUUACACCAACAACAAGAUCAUUCAUAGCCUGGUCCUAGAAAUAGAUGUGUUGUCUUGCCAACACCUUAGAGCAGGCUAUACAGAUCUGGGACCAGUAACAAAAAGAGGAACUGAGCAGCAAAAAAAAAUGUGCUUGGUAGUUCUAGAACAAAGAAAGGUAUGCUUGUUUGCAUUAAUAUGCCCAUGGUAAAACUGAGUGUGGUACAUUCAGCCUCUCAAAUUCCCUCCCAAAGCUGAAUAAGGCUGUAUAGUUUUAUACCUGUUCAUGUCUUUACUACUGCUCUCUAUUCUUACAAACAGACCAGAUGCACUGUACAGUACUUAGUCUUUGGAUGUACAGAUCACUCACAAAUCACACGUGGUUGUGGUUCUGUGUGGCUCAGUUGGUAGAGCAUGGCACUUGCAAAGCCAUGGUUGUGUGUUAGAUUCCCACGGGGGACCAGUACAAAAAAGUAUGAAAAUGUAUCCACUCACUGCUGUUAGAGUGUCUGCUAAAUGACGAAAAUGUAAAAAUGUAAUUUCUACAUAGAAUCACCUGUAGGUAGUACUGCAGGUUGUCCACCAGGAAAGCCAUGUGGUUGCGUAGCCUCCACUUGACAGCGUCUGUCUGGUUGGAUUUGAGGUGUUUCCUCUGCAUCUGUAGAGCCCAGCAGUGCUGCAGCUCAGACUGCACCCGCCGCACACUCAGCAGGUAGCGGAAUAUUACAUUAUACCUGGGGGACAGGACACGGUCGUAGAUAUUACAUUAUACCUGGGGACAGGACACGGUCGUGGAUAUUACAUUAUACCUGGAGGACAGGAUACGGUCGUAGAUAUUACAUUAUACCUGGGGAACAGGACACGGUCGUAGAUAUUACAUUAUACCUGGGAGACAGGACACGGUCGUGGAUAUUACAUUAUACCUGGGAGACAGGACACGGUCGUAGAUAUUACAUUAUACCUGGGUGACAGGACACGGUCGUGGAUAUUACAUUAUACCUGGGGGACAGGACACGGUCGUGGAUAUUACAUUAUACCUGGGGGACAGGACACGGUCGUGGAUAUUACAUUAUACCUGGGGGACAGGACACGGUCGUGGAUAUUACAUUAUACCUGGGGGACAGGAUACGGUCGUGGAUAUUACAUUAUACCUGGGGGACAGGACACGGUCGUGGAUAUUACAUUAUACCUGGGGAACAGGACACGGUCGUAGAUAUUACAUUAUACCUGGGGAACAGGACACGGUCGUAGAUAUUACAUUAUACCUGGGAGACAGGACACGGUCGUGGAUAUUACAUUAUACCUGGGAGACAGGACACGGUCGUAGAUAUUACAUUAUACCUGGGUGACAGGACACGGUCGUGGAUAUUACAUUAUACCUGGGGGACAGGACACGGUCGUGGAUAUUACAUUAUACCUGGGGGACAGGACACGGUCGUGGAUAUUACAUUAUACCUGGGGGACAGGACACGGUCGUGGAUAUUACAUUAUACCUGGGGGACAGGAUACGGUCGUGGAUAUUACAUUAUACCUGGGGGACAGGACACGGUCGUGGAUAUUACAUUAUACCUGGGAGACAGGACACGGUUGUGGAUAUUACAUUAUACCUGGGGGACAGGAUAUGGUCGUGGAUAUUACAUUAUACCUGGGGGACAGGACACGGUCGUGUUCAUUAGGGCACAUGUAGAAAAUUUUUUUGAAACAAAAAUCACUCAUAUCAAUUUAAAUCUUUAUUAGAACCCCCAUUAGCUGAUGCCAUGACGAUAGCUAGUCUUCCUGAAACUGACACUAAGUCUAAACUGAAUCGGACACAAACUGAUCAUAAGGAAAAUAAAAAUAAGUUAUAUGAACAGAGAACUUGUGAGGAAUGCAAUACAAAAACAUGAAGGUACAAACAAUGGUUAUAUACACUCAGUGGACAGUUUAUUAUGUACACCCAUCUAGUACCGGGUCAGACCCACCUUUGUCUCCAGAACAGCCUGAAUUCAUGUUUUUGUUAAUAACCAAACACAAACCUACACCUACGAACAACAACUUACAGACGCACACAAACAACGACUACAUCUCCUCUGUCCAGACCUGCAUGCUCACACCUCCAUCCCUAGUACCUGCAUUAUUGUUUGCCACAUUGCCUGAAACGCCACCAUUUUGUUUCUCUCCGUUGCCCACGCACUUUCAAUAUCUCAAUAAUAAAUCAUUAGAUUUUUCCAUUGUGUUAACGAUGGCAGAAUUAUUGAUUUCCACGUUUUUAGUAUACGUUUUUUUCAAGAUGAGUGAUGAGCCUGAAUUCUUCGGGGCAUGGAUUCUACAAGCCGAUAAUGUUCCACAGGGAUGUUGGUCCAUGCUGACGCGAUGGCAUCACCAGUUGCUGCAGAUUGGACGCCGGUACACCACUGCCACCAGCCUGUACCAUUGACACCAGGCAGGAUAUGUCCAUGGACUCAUGCUACUUACGUCAAAUCCUAAAUCUGCCAUCAGCAAGACGCAACAGGAACUGGGAUUCGUCGGACCAGGCAAUGUUUUUCCACUACUCAAUUGUCCAGUGCUGGUGAUUGCGUGCUCACUGCAGCCACUUCUUGUUUUUAGCUGAUAGGAGUGGAACCCGGUGUGGUCGUCUGCUGCAAUAGCCCAUCCGUGACAAAGAUUGGUGAGUUCUGCGUUCCGAGAUGCCGUUCUGCACACCACUGUUGUACUGCGCCAUUAUUUGUCUGUUUGUGGCUCGCCUGUUAGCUUGCACAAUUCUUGCCAUUCUCCUUCGAUCUCUCUCAUCAAGAUGUUUUUUUGUCGCACCAUUCUCGGUAAACCCUAGACACUGUCGUGCGUGAAAAGCCCAGGAGGCCGGCCGUUUCUGAGAUACUGGAUCCGGCGCGCCUGGCACCGACAAUCAUACCACACUCAAAGUCGCUUAGGUCACUCGCUUUUCCCAUUCUAAUGUUCAAUCAAACAGUAACUGAAUGCCUCGAUGCCUGUCUGCCUGCUUUAUACAGCAAGCCACGGCCACGUGACACACUCAGUCUGUAGGAGCGAUCCAUUUUCGUGAACGGGGUGGUGUACCUAAUAUUCCUAUGUCUGUUUGCACAAACAUUUGCUAAUGGAUAUCACUUUAUGUUAAAGGUUGAGUCAGCGAUGCACAAAGUAAAAAGCAAUAUCGUGUCGAUUUCCACAACUACUAAGAGCAUUGAAGCGCGAGGCUAAACUUCUCCACUGUUACCGGUCCUGCAGCUGUUACCUGGUCAAAAGUAGUGCACUAUAUAGGGAAUAAGGUGCCAUUUGGGAGGCAGCCGUUGCCUGCUGUAGAAUACUCACUUCUCCAGAACGGCAGGGGUGAAGAGGAUGUGCAGGGGCCACUGGACCUUGUAGGCCAAGCCCAGAGCAGCCCAGCCCGUAGGGGGCACCUCCCUGGGGGAGGACUCCUGUGGGGGAGUGGCCCCUUCCCUGGUCCCUGUGGCAUCUGAGAACACAAUCAUACUGUUAGCCACAGGAUGGCUCCAUACCAGAGUAUUUGAGCGGUUUGAAAUCCCAGUCAUGGAACAGUCUUUGUGCACCACCCUGGCGCUCAACAUCCUUUCCUGUCUGCUAAAAAAAAAAAUAGCUCAGGGCUCACAGAAAAAAAACUGCCUCUCCAAAUUCGAUCCAUUCAUUUUUUGUUUAAAAAGAUAAUUUAACAAACACCCCAUCUACUUUUGUGACUGUGUACCCUUUGUUUUUGAAGUAGACCAUCGUAAGAAGUUUCAACAUAGGCUACUAAACAAGGACCUGUCUAGGUGAUAGGCUAUGUGGCCACUGUGUUAAAAAACUAAUAGCUUUUUCGCUAAUCUAUUGAUGAUCAGAUACUUCAGUUGUAACUGGUUCUGUUGCUCUCACAUUUGACAGUUGACAGACAACUUUAGCACUGUUACAAACUUAAACUCCUCUUUUUUUUAACAAUAGCUUGUAUAGAAACCAAAACUUCUCUGGUGCUGCUGCAUGUGCUCAUUGGUUGUCUUGUCAUCAAUUACACAAGUUGUGACAUAUUUCUUGGUGGACUCAUAUCAACAGCUCUGGGCAUUAGUGGUGGGGUUAGGCUAAAUAAAUACAACAUAAUAGGCCUAAUUAAAAGAACAGUGAUGAAGGAAAUGAAAAAUGGUGGGCAGAGCAUGGCCAGAGGUUGUGGCUGAGCAUUACAGGAGAGAAGGCCGACGCUCCUACAUUUUUAAAAUCAUUACACACGCUCCACUCCUCUCUCCACUCUGCUCACAUCCUCUGAUCCACUCCAUAGCAUUGUUCACAAGAUGGCACAAACUGGGUAGAAGACAUAGACGAAUGGAUCAUCCCAAAUAGCACCCUAUUCCCUAUGAAGUGCAAUACUUUUGACCAGAACUUUGUGAAAAGUAGUGCACUUAUGUGGAUUAGGGUGCGAAGUUCAGUAGCCUUCUUUUCUCAUCUGCUUUCCUUCAUCUGCUUUUUAAAAAAGAUAACAGGUGAAACAGGUGACUUCCCAGUACAGAUCCACCAGAUUGCCUUCUAUCUCGUGUUCCCAGGUUAUAGCAGAAGCAGAUGACAGAGAGAAGAUGAAGACGGGCGUCCAUUUUAGACUGUCUUACAGUUAGCCACAAGAUGGCAGCAACUGGUUACAAAACAAUAUACUGGAGAACACAGCUGCCAGUCCCAAUAUGUUCCUUACCCCUUCCCCUUGGCCCUGACCUUUCCAUAUUUACAGAUCUGAAUGGUAUAAAAAGGUAUAAGCAGUGUCAUGGUGGACUUUCUGCCAUAUUGGAAGGGUAAGUUAGGGCCAUGGGGGAAGAGGUAGUAGGGAGCAGACCUGUGUUCAAAUACUAUUUAGGGUAUUUCAAUUACAUUUCAAAGUAAAUAUUUUCUUUUAAAAUACAACUAGCUGAAUAUUGGAAUGUAUUUGGAAAUACACUUGGAAAGUAUUGGCAUGUAUUAGAAAAUACACAGAAAAUAAGUAUUUCAAAAACAAAUACUCAAAUAAAAGUAUUUGAACCCAAGUCUGGUAGGGAGUGAAGAGAGAACUCCAAGCAGCGCUGGUUAAACAUACAGUUAGACCUCCUACCACUCCUAGUGGAGGGUUUCGGCUCCAUUGAAAAGCCUCUGAGGAACAAACCUUUGCUCUCCUUCCCCUGGUAGUCGAUGGUGAGGUGCAGGAGAGGCAGGAGGUUGUCGUCGUCCAACAACACCUUGUGAGCAGCCUGCUGAAAGGCCACAUUUACGUCUGUGGAAGGGGUGGAGAAAACAGCCAUAGUUAGAUACAAAGAAUAACUGCAAUAGACAUGAGGCCUGUUCAUACUCUUCUACACUGCUUCCUUCCUUCCUUGGAAUAACAACAAUCAGAAAUGAUCGGGUUGGUGAAAGAUAUUUACUGGAACCCCUACUUUGAUCUAGCCACAGUGUUAGAUCAGUGAUCACUUCAAGGAAGGGAGGAAGUUAGGAUGCAGUUUAAACUGCAGUUUGACAUAUUCCAACAGGACCAUGGUUUGUGAUUGAAUAAAGGGUGAAUUUUCCAUAAAAUGAAGUUGGCCCUUAGCGCUUAGUGCAUUCUACCUCCUAUAAAUCAAGUUUAGAUAUCUGUUCGAGUAAACUGAUCCUGGAUCUGUGAACGUACCGUGUUCAGUGACAGCUGUGGGCGGGGUCUUGAGCAUGUGCUGAGCGUGGUCAAUGAACACCUGGUACAGCUCGCCACGGCCCAACAGGUAAAAGUCCUUUAUGAUCUACAGGUAAAGAGAAACGGCGUGUUUGACGGGGUCAGUUUGAACAAGGCGAGGCACAGAAUCACUCAUCUUGAUCACAUGAUGAGAAGUUAUUUGAGAUCCAAGGGGAUUUAUAGAUCAGUGAUUCUGCUCAGUCCGACAGCAAUGUAGUCGAGCUCAAACAUGCACACUAACAAUCUCAAAUCAACUCUAAACUGUCACAGCUAGAUAGUCCAAAUACAAACCUUAAGUUGCCCCAGGAGAUCGGAUUCCUCCACCAUCAAUGUCCACAGGUGCUGCAAAUAGAAGGAUACAUUGGUUAAUCAAUUGUUUAUUGGAAUCCCAUACCGAUGUUAUUGAGAUGAAUGUAGCCCUAACAUCACCUGAAUAGAACAGGACCUUGUUGUCCAGCUCAUAGUGGGAAGUUGCAGCAGUCAUUACAAACACAUAUCUGACAUUUCCUAGAUAUGUUGAAGUGCCAAGCCCACCUCUGCCACGGUGCUGCGGAUGCCGUCUAUGAGGUUCUCAAAGUCCACUAGGCUGAAGAGGGGCUGCUGUUUGAGACGGUGCAGCUCUGUAGCAAACAUGUCCUCCUGGUGCUUCAGUAUAGAGCCUGGACACAAACACAGACAGAGGGAAAGGGAAAGGGAGGAAAACAUUAUCCAUCAAAGAUCUUCCAAAUUCUUUCAUUACAAGUCCAAUGUGGAUCUCCUGAAGUGAUAUUGUCGCAAUAUGUUAGAUUGAAGUAGUGUUUGGCGAGCUGUUUUGGUGUUUAUUUGUUGUUGAUGUUUUUAGAGAAGCGUAGCAACCAAAGCAAACCAAUUAGAUGCCAAAAUCAGAAAUAAUGCUAACAAGUUGUCAAAGAACUUCUAGUAAGGUAAGCAAAUGAUUGAGGGUGAAAACCCAGAAAACAAUCACUUCUUCCUCACUCUACUGUUUCCCUACUGCAGCUAAAUCACAAUAGGUAAAAACAUCAGCUUGCUAAAGCUAGAUGACUAACAAGUCAAUGUAAAACGCAGCUACAGUAAAUGUGAAAGGAAAAAGCACAUAAGAAAAGGUAAAUGUGUGGACCAGGUUCUCACCAGCUCUGGACGGGCUGUGGUUGUGGUUCUCAAACAUCUGGACGGACUCCCCCACGAAGAGGAUCUUCUCAGCCACGCGGAUGGGGAUGUAGGAGGGCAGCAUCUCAGCCCGCAGAGAGAACUGCUGCAGGGACGGAGCCAGCAUGUUCUCUUCUUCUAUCAGCCUCUACAGCGGAACACAGACAACAGCAUCGUUCAUUAGGGCACGCAACGGAAAACACUUUCAAACAGAAAAAACUAAAUUGAGCAUGUCUUAUUGGACCAGUCUGGGUACUCACACCCUGUUUCAGUUAGUUUUUCCCUGCCUUGUGAACAUGACCAAAUCAGCCUCCUGAAGCUGACUUAUAAGUACAUACACAUGACUUUUAGAUCUUAUCCAUCCUACAAUCUUUACUCCAACAGCAGUGGUGCAAGCUUUACACUAAUGCAAGCACUUCAAAUCCAAGUGGACAGAUAAAGUGACAAGGUAUGGAGUAGGAUGAAAUUACUCAUUGACACUGAUCUUAGGUCAGCUUUGCCUCCCCACCCCUGAUGUUUAAGAUUAGGAUUUGGUGGGAGAUAUAAACUGAUCCUGAAGCUGUGCCCAAGGGCAACUUCUACCCGCCAUCUCACCAGAUCCUGUAGUUCUCUCAGCUGGAAACAUGGAUGCAACUGCCCAUAGACGCUGAUCUAGGAUCAGUUUUGUCUCUUAUCUUAGCUCAGCCAGUUAGGGGAAGAUAAAAGCUGAUACUGAAUCUUUGCAUAAGGGCUCUCACCAGGUCCUGUAGUUCUUUCAGCUGUUUACCGCUGAGGCCUCCGAUCCCCAGGUCCUCCUCGUCAUCCUCCUGGUUGGCGGCGGCCCCUCCAGCGCUGGGCCCCUGCUUCACAUAGAACUCCUCACUCUGGUCCAGCAGCAGACCGUGCAGCAUCCACGCAGCCAGCUGCUUGUACAUCACCCCGUGGCACACCGCCAGGAUCCUGGGUAGACAGACAGACAGCAGAGAGAUCCUUUAUGUUGUGUUGCUCUAAGAAACACCAUCCAGGUAUCAUUCAAGAUUCAAGUGUUUAUGUGUAGCAGGAUAUGACAUAUGUCAUGGGAAUAAUUUAUCCAGGGGUGAAAUAACGAUUUAGAAAAAAAAGCACCCCGGGAUCUUACCAUUGUAAAAUCACAGAGAAUUCAAAACCCCCUUCAGGUUUUUCCUGGAAAUAUGGUAUGCAUAUUUCACUUUGCAGCAUCAGUUUCAGGAUGACACCACACAUGCAGCAUAUAUCCAAGUAAGAGCAUAAACAUGCAUAAAGCUUCUAUAAGAGGCUAACUUAACUUUUUCAAUCAAAUGUGGUGGCCGUAACUUACUUCUCCAGGGCCAUGCGUACAGGGGGCAGGCCUCCACAGCUGUGCUUGUACACCGUCUCCAGGAUCUGACAACCGUGGAUCUAAUUAGGACAGACAGGAUAUGACCUCAUUUCCAUAUUCCACACUAAUUGAUUGAACCGUAUCUACCCAUCAUGCACUCUGCUCUGAGCGCUGUGACACCUUUAUGCCCCUGUGCUACAGCAGCCACCAUGGUGAACUUUAAAUACGUGGGAGAAAGAUAGAUUUACAUUUUUCUGUGACAAUACCAAGGCACUUCAGAAAUGCGUUGACCCUCGAGUUUGAGAACAUAAAUAGUUUUUGGAGGGUGCUAUGGGUGUAUGAAAAGUGCUUUAUGAGUGUCUUAAAUAAUUUCCUCCAAGGUAAUUGUGUGAUUUCUCAGUCAUAUCAGAAGGCGAGUGAAUACUUUUGUCUCCAUUGUAAUGCCCUUACCUUCUGGGACUGUAUUGUCUCCAUUGUAAUGCCCUUACCUUCUGGGACUGUAUUGUCUCCAUUGUAAUGCCCUUACCUUCUGGGACUGUAUUGUCUCCAUUGUAAUGCCCUUCCUUCUGGGACUGUAUUGUCUCCAUUGUAAUGCCCUUACCUUCUGGGACUGUAUUGUCUCCAUUGUAAAGCCCUUACCUUCUGGGACUGUAUUGUCUCCAUUGUAAUUCCCUUCCUUCUGGGACUGUAUUGUCGCCAUUGUAAUGCCCUUACCUUCUGGGACUGUAUUGUCUCCAUUGUAAUGCCCUUACCUUCUGGGACUUUAUUGUCUCCACCACCACCAUAACAGAGGGAAACAGCAACUGAAACUGGAGAAGAACAACAUGAUUACAUUAAAUUACUAGGAUAUAUUGUUACAUUAAUAUUCAUGACAUAUUGAAAGAUACAGUGGUUCUUCUGACUGUAGGUGUGAAAGUUCACAUUUAAUGAUGGAAUCCGCAUUAUGGGAAACAGCGCCACUGUCUGGAUUGGCCGAUGUGGAUGAAAAUCCAGCACUUGAAGAAAGAGGAAAUUAGGAAUAUAUGUAUAAUUAGUUAACUACAUGUACAGAACAUGGGAGCGAAAGUAGAAGUCUUUUGAUCCGUUAGUUUACUCCAAUCAGGGGAGGGGUGGAGGGGUGACAGCCCCCCAGCACCUUUUUAUUGUUUUUGUUUUGUGGACGAAAUGGAGGUGAGGUGCGUCGAGCAGUGUGGUAAAAAGAAAAGUGCAUUACAUAUUCUGUUGUUGUAUCUCGCGUGCAAUGUUGUCCGAGGGAAUUCUACUUCAAAUGUAUAACAAGGAAAUCUAAAUCAGAAAAACUAUAAAAAACAGUAACCGCCAUUACCUGAUCCAGCAUAUAAUUCACAUGAGAUAUGGAGAGAUGCGGGUCGCCAAGAAACUGCAAUGA